AUGAAAUACCCGGGUUAUUGCGAGCACGGUUGCCACAGAGCCCUGUGGCUUGCGACCAUAGAGCCCACGACAGCGACGAUUCCGUCGGGCCGCAAGGUGCCGCCGCCACGGCCCUCGCGCGGGCUCAAGGUGUUGGUAGCCCAGACCCCGGAGGAGAAGCGCAAGCGCGAGGAGAAGAACCGGGUGAAGCGCGCCACAGCCGCCAAGGAGCUCUACGAGACCGAAGUCACCUAUGUCCGCAGCAUCAUGAUCCUCACCAACGGCUUCAUGGUGCCGUGCAAAACGGAGAGCAUCCUGACCAAGCAGGAGAUCUCGGAGAUCUUCUCCAACGUGGCACAGCUGCUGGCCUUCCACAAGGACUUCCUCAAGCAGCUCAAGGAGCGCAUCGAAGCCUGGACCGACGAGACUGCCAUCGGUGACAUCGUUCUCUCCGUCACGCCCUACAUGAAGCUCUACACGGCCUACAGUGCAAACUACGACAAGGCCCUCACCUCCAUCCAGGCCUUCAGCAAGAAGAACCCUCGAUUCGCCGAAUUUCUCGAUACGUGCAUGCAGUCGGCGUCGUUUGGCGGGCUCCCAUUGAACGCGUACCUGAUCAUGCCCAUCCAGCGCAUCCCGCGCUACCGCAUGCUGCUCGAGGUGCUCGUCGGCUCCACCCCCGAGGAGCACUCCGACUACAAGCAGCUCUCCGAGGCCCUCGGCGUCGUCCGCGACGUGGCCAACUACAUCAACACCCACAUCGCUAAGGAGGACAACACGCGCAACUUGAUCAGGAUUCAGAAUCUGGUGCCGAAGCAGCAGGUGCUGUCUCCGUCGCGCAAGUUCAUCAUGGAGGCGUCGUUCCCGACGAACUACUUCGUGCAGCUCAAGAAGAAGGCCAAGAAGGACGGCAAGGCCGGUAAGGUCGCCGCCCGGGAAAAGGAGCGGCGCGACAGCGACCGCGCCGAGGACGAGCUGUGGGAGUCGCAGGAGAAGCGCGAGAAGAAGCGCACGUCGCUGUCGUCGCCGUCGCUGCGCGCGCUCGAGUCCGACAGCGCCUUCACGCAGGCCAACCUCUACCUGUUCGACGACGUGCUCGUCCUGCAGAGCGUCAAGGACAAGCACAAGUCGGCCUCGCUCCACCUCACCACCACCUGGAUCAAGACCCAGCCGGAGUAUGGGUGCGUGAUUGAGCUGGUGACGCUGGAGAUGACGUUCAUUGUGGUGACGGGCAACGAGGAGGAGCAAAAGGAGUGGGUCGAGGCUCUCACCCUCGCCAGCAACAACCUCACCGCGCUCUGCUGCGACGAUCGAGACCUGCGGGAGCAGUUCGUAUUGCGGCGACGCAAUGGAGUGUGGCGACCAGUGCCGGCCCAGGCGGCCAAGGGCGAGGACGACGAAAAUGACGACGACGAUGACGACGACCCCGACUUCGACAAGAAGGCGCCCAAGAAGAAGUUCGGCAAGGGCGGCCUGCUGGUCAUGUCCCAGGGCACCAACUCGCCCAUCCUCUCCCCGCGCGCCCGCAAGGCCACCCUCACCCGCAACAUCUCCACCUCUUCCAUCCUCGCCCAGAUGAAGGAGAACGCCGCCUCGUCGUGA